GUUCCAAACAACAAUGGCGUCGUACAACGACAUGGGUGUCGCGGGGACCGGUGGUUCCGAAGAUCAAGACGAAAAGAAACCGCACACCGUGUCGUUUGGCUUUUCUAAAAUACUCAGCAAGUUUAAACCAUCCACUGCGGAUUCUGCUACAAAGAAGGAGGAGAGAGAUUAUCUGACGGGAAUAGAUCAGAAUGAAUUACAAAGUACGAAGCCACAGGAAAAGCCCAAAGAACUGAUCAUUCCCCUGAUCCAGAAGAACCACUGGCACAGACCGACCAGUACGGGACAAAAUGAGACAAAGGUCAAGAAAGGGGAAGAGGUGACCCAGGAGAACGACUCUAUGGUGUCUCAAGCUGUAAAAGAACUAAUAGAAGAUUCCCGGAGACAGCUGGACCAGUGGCAAAAUGGUACUGACUCUGAGAAGCAUGUUAACCUGAGUAUCCCCUUACUGAUGCAAAACAAAGUACCUGAUGGAUUUGAGGAGGGAGAUCAUAUCAAUGUAGACUUGAGGCCUGAAUCUUCCACAGAGGCAGAUUAUGAGAGUGUCCCUGUUGAAGCUUAUGGACUGGCUAUGCUGAAGGGGAUGGGCUGGAAAAAAGGAGAGGGGAUUGGACGCACAUUUAAACAAGAUGUAAAGCCAAUUGAGCACCAGCUUCGACCGAAGGGCCUUGGCCUUGGUGCAGAUCGAUCAGCAAUCAAAGACCUGGAGCCCAGCAAACGUAAGCGCCCUCCAAAACCAGGCGAGGAGCGGGAUAAGGAGGAGGAGCUGGUGAUGGGGCCUGGAGGCUGUGUGCAGGUGCAGUCUGGAGCACACAAAGAGCUCUAUGGAAAGAUUGAAGGCAUUGAUGCUGAUAAUGCCCGAGUUAUGGUAAAGCUGGCAAUAGGUGGCAAGACUGUAACAAUUAGCCAGUAUGCUGUUAAACUGGUUGACCGCAAAGAAUAUGAGAAAUACAGCAAAGAUCUCAGUCGCCUUAGUAAAGCCCACAAGGAGAAGGAGCGAGAGAAAGAAAAGGACAAAGAGAGGCAAAAAUGGGAGGAGAGACGCAAUGCAGAUGAGGUCAAACACAAAUAUUCAGGAAAAGAAGAAAGGAAGAGGAAACAUCAUGACUCCAGUCAAGACAGAGAGAGGGAUAAGCCAUCAAUUAAGGAGCCCAAACGAUCCUCAGUUCCACCAUCCUGGCUACAGAGAGACCUAAAAGUUCGCUUUAUAGAUAAAACGUUUAAAGGGGGAAAGUACUACAAUUCAAAGAUGCGUGUAGAAGAUGUUCUGACACCAAACACUUGCGUUUGCCGAACUGAAGAGGGAAGAUUAUUAGAUGAUGUAAAACAGAACAUGCUGGAAACCAUUAUUCCCAAGAGUGAAAAUGACUCCAUAAUGGUAGUAUUAGGUGAAUAUAGAGGACAGGUUGGGCGUAUUUUGCAACGGGACAAGAACAAGUGCAAAGCAAUGGUACAACUGGAUCGUUAUGAAGAGAAAGUGUUCACAUUGGACUAUGACAUCAUUUGCCACUAUGUUGGAACUACAGAUCACUGAAUUCCUUGUUUCUAGUAUUUCGUCAGUGUCAAACUCUCCCACAACUUAGUAGACCCAAGUGUUUUUUACAAAAUAAUGUAUUCAAUUUUGUAAUAAAUAUUGCCAUAUUGUUUGUACAUAUCUUUUACUAUAAAGAGACUGGAUAAUGAA